UGUGGAGGCUAGUGGGUAUCGCGUCGCCAAGAGCCAGCAUAAGGCAGUGAUGUCGGGGUGGAUGCAGUCCCGCAGAUCGCUCGGGUUCCUCCCCUUUCUCGGCCAGGAAGUCUUUUGAGGACAAUGGAAAAUCACAGAGUUGUAGUUCCAGAGUGAGGAACAGGACGUGCUUCUAAGCGUCCCUGUUGAGCCCUGGAAACUACAACGACCAAAAGGCCACGGGCUCCUGGGCGGUUUCUCGUUUCCGUCGAGUCAAAAGUCUGGGGCUGCUUCUGAGGGAUUAGCUCGAUCGCCAGCAAGUUUAGCUCCGCCAAGUCAUUUGAUUCACCCGGUGAUGAAAUGGGGGUCAACCAGUCUGUGGACUUUCCACCUGUCACAGGACCCCAUCUCGUAGGCUGUGGGGAUGUGAUGGAGGGUCAGAAUCUCCAGGGGAGCUUCUUUCGACUCUUCUACCCCAGCCAAGAGGCGGAGGAAACCAUGGAGCAGCCUCUGUGGAUUCCCCGCUAUGAGUACUGCUCUGGCCUGGCCGAGUACCUGAAGGUUAAUAAGCGCUGGGGCGGCUUGCUAUUCAACCUGGCUGUGGGAUCUUGUCGCCUGCCUGUUAGCUGGAAUGGCCCCUUUAAGACAAAGGACUCUGGAUACCCCUUGAUCAUCUUCUCCCAUGGCCUGGGAGCCUUCAGGACUUUGUAUUCAGCCUUCUGCAUGGAGCUGGCCUCACAUGGCUUUGUGGUUGCUGUGCCAGAGCACAGGGACCGGUCAGCAGCAACUACCUAUUUCUGCAAGCCGGCCCCAGAAGAGAACCAGUCCACCAAUGAAUCGCUGGAGGAGGAAUGGAUCCCUUUCCGUCGGGUUGAGGAAGGGGAGAAGGAAUUUCAUAUUCGGAAUCCCCAGGUGCAUCAGCGGGUAAGGGAGUGUUUACGGGUGUUGAAGAUCCUGCAAGAGGUCACUGCUGGCCAGGCCGUCUUUAACAUCUUGCCUGGUGGCUUGGAUCUGAUGACUUUGAAGGGCAACAUUGACCUGAGCCGUGUGGCUGUGAUGGGACAUUCAUUUGGAGGGGCCACAGCUAUUCUGGCUUUGGCGAAGGAGACCCAGUUUCGGUGUGCGGUGGCUCUGGAUGCUUGGAUGUUUCCUCUUGAACAUGACUUUUACCCCAAGGCCCGAGGCCCUGUGUUCUUUAUCAAUGCUGAGAAAUUCCAGACAAUGGAGAGUGUCAAUUUGAUGAAGAAGAUAUGUGCCCAGCAUGAACAAUCUAGGAUCAUAACCGUUCUUGGCUCCCAGUCUCUCCAAGAGUCAAACCCAGACUCCAUUUUCCUGCCAAGUCUAUGGAAUGUGACCUCCAGUCCCUCCUGGCAUCCUCCCCUGCUGUUCUUCCCUUGGUUCACUUCACUCUCACCACAUGAGUCUCAAACACUCCGGGAAUGCUGCUGCUUCAGGGACUUUGCACUGCUGCUCCCUCUGCCUGGAACAUUCCUCCCAGACCUGAAAGAAGACUAUGAUCAAUGGAACAACCUUAUUGAAGGCAUUGGACCGUCGCUCACCCCUGGGGCCCCCCACUAUCUGUCCAGCCUGUAGGCACAACUGGCCAUUUGUAAAGGUCACUUGAACCAAGUUUCCAUUUGGGAGCUACCCAGGGGCAGCCAUGAGCUCCUAUCAGGAAGUGGUCAACAUGACCCUUUUCACAGCUUGAAAGGUGUAAUUACACUGCUACUUGGAUAACUGGGUGCUUUGAUCUUAGACUUGAUCUUCAAAUCACUUUGGGACUGGGAUCACUUACUUAUUGACCAACAGACUUUCUGGGGCCUUAGUCCUGAUGGAGUGGGGAAUAAGCAGUAGAGUGGGACUGGGGGAAAUGCAAACCCCGAGCUGAGCACUGUGAGGCCUGGGUGUAAAGACUUAGCCCAGCGAGCUCAUUCCCUCACCCAUGGCCAGUGCUGCUUCAGUGGAAGAGAUGAAGCCAAAGGAUGGAGUGAAAAUUCCUACCAUCAGAAACUCUAGUCCAACCCAACACUAUCUCUCCCUAUCUCUUAGCCUUUUCCUUCCCCAGGGCCACUUGGUGAAGUCUGAGCACUUUAGGUAAAUUUCUAGGGUAUGGGCUGUGAUCCCACUUUCUAUUUAUUUCCAAGUCUUCUCAUUGCAUGAAACAUAGUACUACUUAUACUUACAGUAGUAAGUUGUAUUUGUGAGCCCACAGAGGGGCAGACAGCAUGGCUCUCACAGUACAGGGAGAGAAACUGAGGUACAAAGAGGUACCUCAGAAGCUCUGGAUGUCUUUGGGCACUUUGCUAAAAAUGUACCUUAAUAGGAAACAACACAAGCAGGUUGAGAUGGGGAAGAUGACAGAACAACAGUGUUAAAUGGCCAUUUGCAGGCCCUUGCCACAACAGGCAAGUAGUUUGGUCAGUUAAAACUCAGCUACAGCCUGGGCAGUGGAGCAAGACCCCAUCUUAAAAAUAAACUGAAGGCCGGGCGUGGUGGCUCACACCUGUAAUCCCAGCACUUUGGGAGGCUAAGGCAGAUGGAUCACUUAAGGCCAGGAGUUCAAGGCCAGCCUGGCCAAUGGUGAAACCCCAUCUCUACUAAACAUACAAAAAAAUUAGCCAGGCAUGGUGGCACAUGCCUGUAGUCCUAGCUACUCAGGAGGCUGAAGCAGGAGAAUUGCUUGAACCCAGAAGGUGGAGGUUGCAGUGAGUCAAGAUCAUGCCAAUGCACUCCAGCUGGGUGACAGAGCAAGACUCCAACUUAAAAAGAAAGAAAGAGAGAGAGAGAGGGUUACAUAAAAUUUAAAAACUCAGAAGGCCACUCCCAGAGAGGCCUAGGAAUACCUUAGUUGUGUUUCUUACCUCAAACAUUACAAACCUCCAACUCGCUCAGAAUCAGGGUGCUUUUAUUGUCUGUUUUCUGGCUCUGAGGCCCUUGCCCCAAAUUUAAGUCAGAUACAGACUGAAUUUCCAUUCUGUUCCAUUUAUAAUGUGAAUGAUAUUAAUACUCAUGUUUGCCUAAUGUUAUGUUGGAAUUUUCUGUUUAAUCUGCAUUAGAGCAAGAUGGAGAGCCAUCUGGAAUUGGCUUCCUUCUGUCUUUCUUCUGUGUUCACUUACCACUUGGACCCAUGUGGGAAAAAAACUUUUAAAGGAAGGAAGUUGUCCUAGGGAUCUAGUUCAAAGCUGUUUGGGGGGCAUCAAACUGAAACUCCCCUCUCCACUGCUCAAGACUUCGUGCCUCAGUCCAAGUAGGCACGAGCAAAAAGGAAAUGCAUCUCUACACAAUGGCCCAUGGUCAGGGCCACAAGAGCAAGCUGGGCCUAUGUCUCCACCUCUCAACGGCUGGCCUUUCUAAGAGGUGAAACAGCAGAUUGUUGAGGCUGUGUGGGAGGAUCUGUGAAUUCCCAUGAGACAUACUGUAAGAAGGGUAUCAUUAAAGCCCUGGGCUCUAGAGUUAUGGAGCCUGGUCUUGAGUCCUGGCUCCACCACUAAUGGGUAAAUUUGAGCAAAUGGUAUCUCAGCUCCUGCGUUUCUAAAAUGAGGGUCUGCAUUAUGAAUAGUUAGAAGUAUUAAGUGAGAGGAUGUGUAACCCAUGGGUUACUUAAAAGUGUAUUUCCUACCUUCCAAACAUGAGAUUUUUCUAGUUACCGUUUUUCUUUUCUAGCUUAAUUACUUUGUGGUCAGAGAAAAUGACCCAUAUGGUUUCCAUCCUUCAAAAUGUGUUGAAACUUGGUUGUUGGCCUAGUGUGAGAUCAGUGUUGUAAAUGUGCCAUGUAUGCUUAAAAUGACUAUAUAUUCCCAAGAA